UAUAGUAAAUAAUGUCCAUCAUAAUAUUAUUCAAAUUGCAUUGGGAUCGUCAAUUAGUUGACAAAAUACUCACCUGUAGCUCUGUAUGUACACGGCAUAGAUUUAAAAGCCUCCACCUUCGACGGGUUUGGAAAUGUGGACAACGAGCUUACUCAAGCAAUAGAUGUGCUACUGAGUUUUUCGUCAUCCAUCAGUUUUGUUCAGACAGCAUGCGCCAACCAAUUCAGUUGCAAGUCAUGCAAUGCCAUUUACAUCUCAUCUCAUUCCUCUACGCCAUCUUCAUUUCUUUCUAUUUGUGUAUUCUCAUUUGUCCAUAACCUUAAAAACUGUUUUAGUUUAGAAGUGACUUGCAAGCUUGCCUUCAAUAAUAAUAUUGAAAGCUUUCUUAGUAUUUAAACAUGAGUAGCUCCAGUUACGAUCGUGCGAUUACUGUUUUUUCUCCUGAUGGUCAUCUUUUGCAGGUGGAAUAUGCCCAAGAAGCUGUGAGAAAAGGAUCUACUGCUGUUGGUGUUCGCGGGAAAGAUGUAGUAGUACUUGGAGUGGAAAAGAAAUCUGUUGCAAAACUACAAGAGGAAAGGACAGUCCGAAAAAUUUGUCUACUAGAUGACCAUGUAGUUAUGGCAUUUGCAGGUCUCACAGCUGAUGCUAGGAUACUCAUCAACAGAGCACAAGUGGAGUGUCAAUCACACAAACUCACUGUUGAGGAUCCUGUCACUCUCGAGUAUAUCACUCGUUACAUAGCAGGUUUGAAACAGAAAUAUACCCAAAGCAACGGUCGUCGCCCAUUUGGAAUUUCGUGCCUUCUAGCUGGGUUUGAUUUUGAUGGGAAACCUCAUCUCUAUCAGACUGAACCAUCAGGAAUUUAUUAUGAAUGGAAGGCAAAUGCUACUGGAAGAAGUGCAAAAACUGUUCGAGAGUUCCUCGAAAAGUAUUACACUCCUGAAGACGUAUCCACUGAGAAGGGAACGGUCAAGUUAGCGAUCAGAGCACUGCUCGAAGUUGUUCAGUCGGGCAAGAAGAACUUGGAAAUCGCUGUCAUGCGUCGAGGACAACCCAUGCAGAUGUUGGAUGCUGAAAAUAUUGAAUCUUACGUCACUGAAAUCGAGAAAGAGAAGGAAGAAGAAGCUGAGAAAAAGAAGCAAAAGAAGUGAUUUCCUGUAUUAAUUACUAUUUACUCGCAUCUUUUUUCAUAUUUAAUUAAACUACAACUAACAAAAAUAUAUUAAACCUUUUCUAAAAA